CGGGUCAUGCAUCUGCCGCAUAGCUACAGCACUGGCAAACAGAUGUCUCUAGCAACCGGGAGGAAUCGGUUAUCUGGGGGAGUUAACACUUACUGACUCCACCUUGUCAGUAAAGUCCGCUCUGCUGCCUUUUGUUUAGUAUGGUAAUCCCGACUCCUUCUGGUGGGCUCGACUGAGCUACCGGCUUCUCCCUCUCCAGUUAUCUCUCACUCACAGCAGCUCUCACUUACCCAUCACCAGGAGUUCUAUCAUCUAUCAAUCCAUCAAUCCAGGCACACAUAUCUUUUUCAUUACUCUGGACAAGAGCCGCGGAUAUUCGACAGCUUCUGAUCCUAGUCACGUUCCCCCAAUAGUCUUCGAGUAGUUGGGGACACCAAGUCACCUUGGUGUGCUACCAUCACACGUUCACAAUGGAGAUAUUUGUCCAUCAUCUACCGGACCAGUUGCACGCGAAGCAUAUCGAAAAUGAGUUCAGGCCACUUCUUCGUCAAUUUGGAAUCCAUACAUUCGCAUGUCGUACACAUUCGCGCAGAGGACAUGCGACCCUCACCGUCCCUGACGCAGAGAAAGCCCAGGCAUUUCUAAACAUGUAUCCCAGUGGGCCGAUGGGAAAAAAGAGGCCUCAAAACCAGACUUUGAAGAUCAUGAAUCGGAUAAUUUACGUUCAGAAAAGCAAGUUCCCAGUCGAUGAAUUUCUUGUCGCCGCUCUUCAGGAAGAAGAGCGUAACAGGCGAAACCUUGCGAUUCAGAGGACAUCGACAUCAGAAAACCGUGUUGCUCCCAAGAAGAAACGUUCGUUUUUCAUCAUUUCAAUAUCGUGCGGUGUCUUCGAUUAUGCUGGAGACACUCCCGUGUUUGUGGAACACUUCAAUUUGCAGCAACAUGGAAGCAUCACGUUCGGAAAGCAUGCACUGAGGGCAACAGUCAAAUGUCCCCCUCAUACAAACUUGAAAGGUAACUUCGAGGUAGAGUUUGAUUAUUCGACUUUUGCAAUGCCGAUUUAUCUAGGUGGGAGUAUGAGCCCCUCGAUGACUUUCUCAUGCAAAGGUGCUCCUCGUCUCUAUAACAAGCCACCAGACGAUCUUUCCCAAGUUUUCAGCUUGAUGGGACUAUCAAAUGCGCCGGGAAACAGAGAGUCACAGAGGAGAAGGAUCAGCCAACUUGGAGACGGGCAUAAUAUCAUUGUGUCCACGUGUUUCACGUAUCGCUUCUUCCUGAGAGAUGCAAGCGACCUGCAGCAGGUCAGAAACCUUUCACAAGAGAGACAUAUCCCCAGAAUGGACCGAUGGCAUGAUGUGAAGGUUUUCCCAGAUAUGUCAUACUCUGAACAACUUGGGAGAUUCCUGAUUGUGCUAAGCACAGAGGCAUUUCCCUUCCAGAUAAAGUAUCAACUCCAGAUGCUGGUCUGGAACGGUGUUCUACCGAUAAAAAGCGUCCUUCGGCUGUUUCCAUUUGUGACCAACCUUUUGUCAAGGGCUGGUGUGGGAAUGGCAGCUAAGGUGCUGCAAGAACUUCCCAACAAUCUAGAGUAUCCUGGACCCGAAGUUGAGAGCUCUGAGUUUUGUAUUCAGAGGUUGAUUGAGAUUCUGACCGAGAUCGAAUCUGGGAGUUACGUUCAGUCAGGAAAGCCUGGACGUACUAACGACAACCAAAUUUUCAUCCACAGAGUCAGUGUAACGCCAACGGGGAUCUUUUUGUAUGGACCCUACGGCGAGACAAAGAACCGUGUGUUGAGAAAAUAUUCGACAUUUAGUGAUUACUUCUUGCGGGUUGAGUUUAUGGACGAAUCUGGAGACCCAAUACGGUUUGACCCAAAAUCUAAUCUAGACGAGAUAUAUGAUGGUCGCUUUAAGAGUAUCAUGAAAAGUGGUAUCAGCGUUGCUGGAAGAUUAUUCGAAUUCCUAGGAUUCUCUCACUCUUCUCUUCGAGCGCAGUCCUGCUGGUUCGUGGCUGAGUUCAUCUGGGAGAACGGAGAGCGCCUGAACUCGCGUUCUAUCAUUCCAAAACUCGGCGAAUUUGGACACAUAUAUUCCCCUGCUAAAUAUGCCGCACGGAUAGGCCAGACCUUCUCAGACACGUUGACCUCAAUUCCCGUCAAGAAAGACUCAGUUCGACAGAUUCCGGACGUAGAAAGAAAUGGGAGAGUGUUCAGCGAUGGAUGUGGCACGCUAUCGAAAGGGAUCUUGUGGAAGAUUCGCAGAGAGUACGCGCUUCGUGCCCGAGUUAAGCCUACUGUUUUCCAGGUCAGAUUGUCUGGUGCAAAGGGCAUGCUAUCACUAGAUACGUCUAUACCAGGCGAUGAAGUGAGACUUCGGAAGUCCAUGAUCAAAUUCGACGCUGUGAACGACUGGAAUAUCGAGAUCUGUGGAGCUGGUAUAAAUGCUCUUCCUUUUUACCUCAACGCGCAGAUAAUAAAACUGCUAGAAGAUCUGGGUGUGACACUGGACUCGUUCCUACAGUUGCAGAAGGAAGAGAUUGCAAGAUUGAGGUCAACCACACAGUCUGCGGAGCAAGCUGCAAGGUUUAUAGAAAGUUCUCACAUAUCUAAGUCUACCCGUUUGCCCUGGCUUAUUCGGAUCCUUCAGAACCUUGACCUUGAUCAUAUGAAUGAUGACUUUCUGCGAAGAGCAGUCGAGUUUGCAGUCAUCAUCAAACUUCGAGACCUAAAAUACCGCGCCAGAAUUCCAGUUGUCAAAGGAGUGACGCUUUACGGAAUCAUGGAUGAGACUGGUUACUUGAAUGAGGGAGAGAUCUUCUGUCCGGUUUUGAACGAAAGAUCCCACCGCGAAAUCCUUGUUCGCGAUAACGUGGUGAUAACUCGGUCUCCAGCACUGCAUCCAGGAGACAUCCAGCUCGUUAAUGCAGUAGAUGUGCCAAAAGACUCCAUACUUCGUCAGCUGCAUAACUGCGUCGUCUUCAGUCAGAAGGGGCAAAGGGAUCUGGCGAGCAAGUUGAGCGGUGGGGAUCUAGACGGUGAUCUCUUCAAUAUCAUUUACGAUGACCGACUACUACCAAAGAGGAUCGUAGAACCUGCGGACUACGCUCGCAGUAAAGAAAACGUUCUCGACCGCCCAGUGUCUAAUGAAGAUGUUGUAGACUUCUUUAUAGACUUUAUGAAACAGGAUCAACUGGGUCGGAUAGCAACAGUUCAUCAGAUCCUUGCUGAUCAAAAGGAAAUGGGCACAUUCGAUCCAGUCUGCAUUCUUCUAGCUCAACUGCACUCCACUGCCGUUGACUUUUCGAAAACGGGGAAACCGGUUGAUGUGCGUCUCAUACCGAGAUCCCCCCGGUCUCGGCCCGACUUCAUGGCUCCAAGUCCACGCAUCCGAGUUGAAGAUAGUUUUUCGAUCCUCGAAGACAAAGAGCAGUAUAUGGUGGAUUCCGACGACGAAGAGGAACAAUCGGGAAUCCGCUACUAUAAGAGCCAGCGGGCGCUGGGCCACCUGUAUCGAGCUGUAGAUGAAAGAGCAUUUUUGGAGGAGUUACAGUCAUCUUCCAAAGAUAAAAGAUCGAACCUCUUGGAUGAGCUGUGGGACUACGUUAAGAAUGAGACAGCGGGAUUCAUAUGGGAUCACUACGUCGUCGAGGGACAGACCAUCAAGGAGGUGUAUGAGGAUAAUCUGCGUGACCUGAUGCACCAAUUCUCUGCCACACCGUGGAAAUCGUCCUUGACAGAGCUCGAGGUGUUCAUCGGGACUAUCAUGGGAGAAAGCCACCGUUUGACCAAGCGCCAGAAGGAGAUCUCUAAGAGCAUGCGAGAGGAAUAUGAUGACCUGGUCGAAUUCACCGUCUCCGCGAUCCUUGACCGAGGCUCUGAUCAUAGGGAACCCUUAGAACGUUCAGUAGCCUGCUUUUGGGUCGCUGUACAGAGCCAUAACGAACCGUCCCAUCGAGACCUCAAACUUCACAGCUUUGCUUGGAUCGCUGCGGUUGCAUGUUUGCAGGAGAUUCAGAACCUGCAUAGUGCGACUAUUACCCUUUUCUAGUUGCACCUUUGUCGAACCACGAUGGUAUUUAUCUUUAUUUUCUUAACUGAUAUCCGUUGAGGUAACGAAUUCUUAUGAAAGAGACCGAUCUUCGAGAGACUGUGCUGUGCUUUUUCUGUGUGAGCUGACCUCUGAAAGGGCUUAUUUCUUACUAUGUGUGUUAGAUGGAUCUCGGCUCAUUAUCUCAUAAAAUGUAUUACACUACUUAGCUAUUCUACCCUAAUGCUACAAAUCUGCUGAUA